AUGGAACCCCCCUCACCCCCCGGAACACUCAUCCUCCGCGCCCAAACGCCCGACAUCCCACCCAUCCAACGCAUCACCACCGCCGCCUACACAAAAUACAUCACCCGCAUCGGCAAACCCCCCGCGCCCAUGACCGCAAACUACACCACCCUCCUCACCACACACGACGUCUUCGUCCUACGACCCAGCGAACACGAACAAGAACCUCUCGUCGGCUCAAUCGUCCUACGUGCAGAGGAAAGCAAAAUGCACGUGAAUAACCUGGUUGUUGACCCGGAUGCGCAGGGUAGGGGGUACGGGAGAAUCCUCCUCAAUUGCGCGGAGGACUGGGCUAGGAUGAAGGGGUGUGAGGAGAUGGCGCUGUUUACGAAUGUCAAGAUGUUUGAGAAUUUUGGACUGUAUGCCAAGAUGGGGUAUGAGGAGGUGGAGAGACGGACGGAGGAUGGGUUCGAGAGGGUGUAUUUUCGGAAACGGUUGUAG